CAGUGAGAGUUGGCCGAUGCGGAAGAUGAAAGCGAAACUUGCAUUCAAUUCGGGCGUUGUUAUGAACUUUACCCAAAGGCUUACAAUCGGCGGAACACAGUUUUUAAUUUAAAAAAGGAGUAAAGAUGUUUUAGUCAGAAAAGCAAUCGGGGGUUCAGAGAUUUGCUGAGAAUGUUCGGAUGGAUAGGGCCCCAUGCCCUGCUCCUGUUUUUCCUCCUCUGGAUUUCCUCAACGCUGGCAGAGGACUUCCAACUCUCCUGCUCCCAGCGUCCAGUUGUGGCUGAGGUUGGUGACACAGUUGUAUUGGAAUGCCAGCUGGCCCCUUCAUUGCCCCUCAAGGGUUUGGAAAUCCGCUGGACCAAAGGCAAAGAGCUGGUGCAUCUCUACAGAUUCGAGCAGGAUGAGAUCACUGAGCAGUCUGCUGACUACAAGGACAGGACCCAACUGUUUGCCAGUGAAUUCCAGAGCGGCAAUGUUUCCCUGAAACUCAAGCAAGUCGUGUUGCCGGACAGUGGGAUAUACAAGUGUUUUGUGGAAUCGGAAGCCCGUGGAUUCAAAGAUGCAAAUAUCAUCCUGAAUGUGGCAAGUUUUGGAGAAUGGCCUACAAUCAAUUUGAACAAGUACACGGGGAGCGGAAUCCAGCUGCAGUGCAAGUCCGCGAACUGGUUUCCCUCACCCAUAGUGCAGUGGAGCAACGAGAAAGGUGAUAUCCUGAUGCAGCAGGAACAGCCAGGAACAGAGGAGAACAGCUUAGUCACCGUGAAGAACAACAUUGAUGUGACCAGUGAUUCUGGGAACACCUUUAGCUGUCUGCUACAAAGCGACAUACUGAACAAGACAGUCAGUGUAACGUUCUAUGUCCCAGAUGAAUUUUAUCCCGUGACAUCUACUUGGCUUUACAUGUUUCUCUUGAUUUUCUUUGGCAUCUUUGCGGUCAUCGCUGGCCUCUUUAUUUUCUUCAGGAAACAACGGAACUACAUCCGAGAACUAACCGCACGGCCAUCAGUAAACGAGUAUAAUACGAAGAAAUCCGAAAAUGAGGAACUCACAAACCAAAUGGAUACUCACUGGAAUGAGCUAGGUAAAAUUCGCCCUCUCCCUAAACUAGCUGUUCAGAGAAUGACUAAUGCUGCAGAUUGCAUCGUCCUGGACAGUGACACUGCGAAUUCAAGACUCCUGAUAUCCUCUGAUCUGACCACCGUGAGCUGCACUGCAGGAGCCAAGAUUCCCGCUGACAGCAGUAGGAGGUUCCAGUCCAGGUUAGCCGUGCUGGGAAAGACGGGAUUCGCCAGCGGCAGGCACUACUGGCUGGUGAAAGUGGAGAGUCGUUCUGCCUGGGACCUGGGAGUAGCCAGGGAGUCGGUAACCAGGGAGGAAAAGCUACCUUUGAGCCCUGAAAAUGGAUACUGGACUAUUGGGCACGAUGGGGAGAGAUACUGGGCCAACUUCACCAACCCUUUGGAAAUCAUGUGCAGAGAGAAACUCCAGAUAAUUGGAAUAUAUGUCAACUAUGAUGCUGGACAGGUUUUGUUCUGUGAUGGCGCUACCCACUUACACCUCCAUAGUUUCACCUGCAGCUUCGAGGGGCUUAUUUUCCCCUUCCUCAAUCUCUCAGAGUCUGGGAAAUGUUCCAUUUUACAAUCAACUCCCCUAUUGCCCAAUUCAAAUCAUGUGUUCCGAGUCACUGGCCCGGAAACUCCAAUCAUUGCCUCGGUAGGUGGGGUGGCAGUGUUGGAAUGCCAGCUGAUCCCAGAGAAACCCCUAUCGGGCAUGAAGAUAGAAUGGGCUCGCAGUGACUCUGAGCAGCACAUGCCCAUCCACAGCUACGUCGUUGGGCUGAAUGUGGAGGAACAGCCUGCUCCGGCGUACAGGAACAGGACAGAGUUCUUUAAGCAGGAGCUUAACCAGGGGAAUGUCUCUCUCAGACUGCGAGAUGUCCGGCUGCAGGAUGAAGGAGAUUACCUCUGCAUGGUUGAGUCUAGGGGAUUCAUUGAGCAGGCACCCAUGAAGCUGAAGGCCACUAGUUUCGGCCAGCGUCCUGUGAUACGAUUGGAAGGAUACCAGCACGAUGAAAUCGGGCUGCACUGUAAUUCAUCCAGCUGGUACCCAGUUCCCAUGGUGCACUGGGAAGAUGGCAAGGGCACGAACAUGACGGAGAGGUCGAGGAUGACAUCGACGAAGACAGUGGAUGGCCUGUACAAAGUCUCAAGCAGCAUUGAGGUGACAGCUGGUUCGAGCAACACCUUCAGGUGUUUAGUGAAGAGUGCCAUCUUAAAGAGCUCACGGCAGAGCAGCCUCAGCAUCCCAGAUGAAUUUUUCCCCAGAAUGUCACGUUUCUUCAUCGCCUUCAUCCUGUUUCUCAUCUUGCUCCUUGGAUUGCUGGCAGCUGCCGGUUACUAUCAGUACAAACAGCAGAAACAGAUAAAAGAGCUGCAAAAACGUCCAACUAUCAAAGACUUCGAAGAUUUAUCAAAACGAACAGAGCAACUUCACAAUGAUGUUGGCAAUGCCCGUGCUAAUUUAGGUCGAGAGAAGGUUCUGUGUCAAACAGCUGCCGAGAGGGUCAUCACUGCUGCAGUACCUGUGACCUACGACCCAGAGACCGCCAACCCCUACCUGAUAAUCUCCGAGAACCGGCUGACUGUGACAUUCAGUGACAGUUGGCAAGAAUUUCCAGAAAACCCAAAGAGGUUCAUCUCCCGGCUCUUUGUGAUCGCGGAAGAAGGGUACGAGAGCGGGAGUCAAUACUGGGAGGUGCUGGUGGGCAACAAGCCAGACUGGGAUCUGGGAGUCGCCAAAGAGUCCAUCCCCAGGGAAGAGUGGAUCACGCUGAGCCCGGAGAACGGGUACUGGUCCAUCGGGAAGCGGGGUGAUACCUAUGAGGCCAAUACAACAAGCCCUGAAACCCUAGAGUACAAGACUAUGGCUCAGAAAAUCGGCAUCUACCUGAACCGUGAAGAGGGGACAGUUCGUUUCUAUGAUGCCGACUGCAUGGUGCUAAUCCAUAGCUUCAUGGCGCAAUUCACGGAGAAGAUCUAUCCAUUCUUCAGUCCCUGGGGAUCCAGGGAGGAGAUGACAAUCUGCCCCUUUAAUUCCUCAUUGUCCAGUGUCAAGCAGGCCUUACUCAAGGACAAUCUGCCCCGUACAGGCCGCCAGCCCAGGAUCGAGAUGGAGGGCCAAACAGGCGAUGAUAUCAGACUGGGCUGCAGAUCUGAAGGGUGGUACCCACAGCCACUCAUCCUGUGGGUGGACGGAGAUGGUGUGAACAUGACAGCCCAGCAGCAAACCACGUACCAGCCAGACUCUCAGGGGCUGUUCACGGCCUCAGGAAAUCUGAAGAUAAUCUCAAACAAUGGAGGCCUUUGGUCCAGUCAGAAUGGAACAGGAUACGGAGCUAUGCAGUCUCUUCCCCCAGCUCCAGCCUCUCUGACUCUGGAUCCGAACACAGCGCAUCCCCGGCUCAUCCUGUCUGAGGACCGGACCAGUGUGAGACUCGGAGACACAGAGCAGCCGCUCCCUGACUCCCCGGAGAGAUUUCAUUUCUGGGAAUGCGUCCUGGGAUCAGAGGGAUUCACAUCAGGGAGACAUUACUGGGAGGCGGAGGUAGGGGAGAAGACAGAGUAUUUUCUGGGCGUGGCCCGAGAGUCUGUGGACAGGAAAGGAGAGAUCGACCUGAUCCCGGAGACCGGAUUCUGGAUUGUGGGGCUGUUACCUGGAUGCGGUUAUUUUGCCGCUACCCCCCCCUCCCCCCCGACCGCCCUCUUCCCGAGAGUGAAUCCCCGGAAGAUCGGGGUUUUCCUGGACUAUGAGGGUGGACAGGUGUCAUUUUACAAUGCGGACACCAUGUCCUACCUCCACACUUUCACCCACACUUUCACUGAGAGGCUCUUUCCCAUCUUCCAUCCGGGAGGGAAUGACGGCGGGAAAAACUCCGCCCCGCUGACAAUCUGCGGGAUUAAAGGGCACUGACACAUCCAUCCCAUAAUUUCACCCCGUCCCCCUCUCUCCUGCCAGCUGUAAACUGAUGG